CACACUUCGGCUGGGAACCACAAUACUGUGAUUGAGGUGCAGUUGGCCAAUCACUUGUUCACAGUUACAGAGCAGCACCAAUAGCGAGCAGUGGGUGGUGGCUGUCUUGGAAGAGAUUGGAAAACUGGAGUAAGAAAAAUGCAAAAAGACAAGCAAUUGAAUCUGUGGCAGUCAUGAUUGAGUAGAUUGUAGUGGUCAACUUUGGAACAAACAGAGGAAGGAAACAGUUAAAAAAGAAGCUUAAAUGCACCCCAGAAACCGGGAUGUGGUAAGUACUAAAGCGUUCUUGGCAGACGGCAAAAUAAGUGUCUCCUAGGCAACCAUUUAGCAUGGAUGUGGAAGAGUUCCCGCCCCCUCCACCUGAAGUGAUGCAGAGUGACUUGCCCAAUGCUGAUGAAGAUGAAGACGAGGGAGAGCUGUUUGAGUUUGAUGACAGCGCAGAUGAAAUUCUUGAAGCUGACCAACAACCUCCUGCUCCUCCUUUACCUGAUUAUGAAAUUGAAACGAAGGACAAAGACAUUGACUCCACUGAUGAUAAACAUAAAGACGCACAUACAGAAGGGCAUCUGCUCAAUAAUACGCAGACGAAAACAUUGAAUCAUAAUGACAUAUCCUCAAAAACGGGGGAUUCAAGUUUCGCCACAGGGUCAAAUAUAGAAGUUUCAGAGCACGAUAGUCCAAGUGAUAACCUUGUACCUCCAGCUGCAAAAGCUGCCAGGGGAUCUCCACUUGGAAAAGUAAAUCCUUAUUCGGUUGUAGAUAUAGCUCCUUUGCAGGAGCAGAGUCCCAUACAAGAAGAGGAGGAGGACGGCCAGAAAGAUGCUGCCAAUGCCAGGGUUCCUAGUGGGUAUUCUGUUCCAGUGCCAUGUGGAUACGCUGUACCUUCCAACGUCCCUCUGAUCAUGCCUGCAUACUCCACUCCUGUCAUCAUACGACACCUGUCGGUGGAUGAAGAAGUGACUGUGCAUGACACCAGUCCAGCUCAAGACAGUGAAGAUCGACCAGCAGUUAAAAGGGAUGAUGCCUUGGCAAGAUGGGUUGCGGAUCCUGCAAAUACAGCUUGGAUGGAAAAUCCUGAUGAGGUUAUUUAUGAUGAUGUGCCUAGAGAAAACUCGGAUUCUACCACAGAUCCAGAUGAAAUGAUCUACGAUGAUGUAGAACUUGGGGAAGAAGGUGGGGACAGUUCCCCGGAGAAUGGCUGGAGCUCCAGUGAAUUUGAAAGCUACGAUGAACAAAGUGAUACAGAGAGCAAAAGCGAGAAUGGGAUUCCAAAUGCUUUCCUCCCAGGCAAAUCUCAAAAACACAAAACCCAUCUUUCUCAAGAUCUGACUCGUUUGAAAGAGCACUAUGAGAAAAAGAUGAAAGAUCUCAUGACAAACACAGUGGGGACAGUAGAACUUCAGCAGAUUAGGCUGAAACAUGAGCAGAAGAUGCAAAAGUUAAUGAAAGCAGCAAAAGAUGGUACCAAAGAUGGGCUUGAAAAAACCAAAGCAGCUGUGAAGAGAGGACGCUCAUUUAUAAAAACAAAAUCUUUUAUUCAAGACCGAAAGUCAGUCUGUCUUGAAGAGGAGCCAGAUGUUUUUAUUGAAGUUGAUUGUCUCAAUACUGAACCUGUGAUGAUGCCUAUGCCAGAAGGCUUGACACAGCAGCAGGUUGUUCGAAGAUAUAUUCUUGGGUCAAUACUUGAGAGUGAAAAAAACUACCUGGAUGCAUUGAAACGCAUUUUAGAGCAAUAUGAAAAGCCGCUGUCAGAAAUUGAUCCAAAGUUGAUAAGCGAUCGAAAACUAAAACUGAUGUUUUACCGAAUCAAGGAGAUCCUUCAGUGCCAUUCUCUGUUCCAGAUUGCACUAGCUAGUCGGGUUGCUGAGUGGGACAGCUCAGAAAUGAUAGGAGAUGUGUUUGUUGCUUCAUUUUCCAAAUCCAUGGUGCUGGAUGCAUAUAGUGAGUAUGUGAAUAAUUUCAGCACAGCCAUGGGAGUUGUCAAGAAAACAUGUGAAACAAAGCCAGCUUUUCUUGAAUUUUUGAAACACUGCCAGGAUUCCAGCUGCGAUCGCAGUACGCUGUACGGGUUAAUGAUGAAACCUAUCCAGCGGUUCCCACAGUUUAUUCUGCUCCUUCAGGAUAUGUUGAAAAAUACCCCUAAAGGACACCCUGACCGACUACCUCUACAGAUGGCUCUGACGGAACUUGAAACAUUAGCAGAGAAACUAAAUGAGAGGAAGAGGGAGGCAGACCAGCGCUGUGAAAUUAAACAAAUCGCGAAAGCCAUGAAUGAGCGCUAUCUUAACAAGCUCCUAAGCAGUGGGAAUAGAUACCUGAUCCGUUCUGACGACAUGGUGGAAACUGUUUACAACGAGAAAGGAGAAGUUAUCAAAACCAAAGAACGGCGGCUGUUUUUGCUAAGUGAUGUGCUUAUGUGUGCCACCGUUAACGUCCGAUCUACCUGUGAAGGCAGUGGUAUUGUCCCACAUGGUCAGAAGUACUUGCUGAAGUGGAGUGUACCACUGAGCCACGUGGACGUGGUAGAGUUUGGAGGCAAUGAAGAGCGGGGAGAAAACUCCAGACACCCUGCUCAGCAUUCUGGAGAAAAAGUGGUGCUUCAUGCAAAGCCAAGCAAACUUUAUAUGGGUCCAGGGCAGCUAUACCAGGAUUUACAGAAUUUAAUGCAUGAUCUGAAUCUUGUUAAUCAGAUAACACAAAUGAUUGGAAACUUAAAAGGCAACUACCAGAACCUUAACCAGACAGUGGCCCAGGACUGGAUCUCUGGACUGCAAAGGCUCAUAUUUAAAAAGGAGGAAGAAAUAAGAGCAGCAGAUCGAUGCAGAAUUCAGCUCCAACUCCCUGGAAAGCAUGAUAAGUCCGGCAGGCCUACAUUUUUUACAGCAGUGUUUAAUACGUUUACUCCCUCCAUCAAACAGUCCUGGAUAAGCAGUUUGCAGAUGGCAAAACUUGCUCUUGAGGAGGAAAACCAGCAGGGAUGGUGUCUUGCAGAGGAUGAUGGGAAUCAGAUCAAAAAACAGAAACAUCCACUUCUUGUUAGGCAGAUUCCAGUUGUUAUGUCCAAAUUACAGGAGUUUAAGGUGGCAUGUGCUGUUCAUAACCCCGAGCCUUACUGUGGCUACGAUAAUGUAGCAGACUCUCUCUCCAUGGGACACGGGUGUCUGUGGAUUGCUAGUUGUACCAAUCAGAUGGGACAGAUAUCCAUUGUGACGCUUCAUAAUUCAAACCCCAAAGUGACUGAAUGUUUUAAUGUGGAGUCUCGGAUUGUGUCCAUGGUGCACAUCACAAAUGAAGACAAGCAGGAAGAGUCAGAAGCAUGUCUGGACUUGGAACCUGCAGCAGGAAAAGCAACAGAUUCCCCCACCAUCUGCCUGGGCAUGGAGGAAGGGAGCAUAUCAGUUUAUAAAAGUAGUCAAUGUUCCAAGAAAGUGCGUCUUCAACAUUUCUUCACACCAGACAAAUCCACAGUUAUGAGUCUCGCAUUCAAGUCUAAGUGCCUGUAUGCUGGCCUAGUGAGUGGAGCCAUUGCAAUCUACACCAAAACAGAAGAUGGGUUCUGGAACUCAGAUUCCCCUAAGAUUCUGAAGCUGGGGUUUCUCCCUGUCAAAAGUAUUCUGGCAAUGGAAGACACAAUCUGGGCAUCUUCAGGUGGACACGUCUCUAUUAUCAGCACCAAGACGCAUAUUGUGGAGCGUCAGCUAGAAGCCCAUCAGGAGGAAGGGAUGGUUAUAUCCCACAUGACCGUUGCUGGUGUUGGAAUCUGGAUUGCCUUCACCUCCGGUUCCACACUACGACUGUUCCACACAGAAACUCUAGAACACCUCCAGGACAUCAACAUUUCAACUCCCAUCCACAACAUGCUGUCGGGUCAGCAAAGGGUUUCAGUGACCAGUCUCCUGGUGUGUCAUGGUUUGCUGAUGGUUGGUACUAACUUGGGAAUCAUUGUUGCUUUGCCUGUCCCUCGAUUACAAGGCAUACCCAAAGUAACAGGAAGGGGAAUGGUCUCGUACCAUGCUCACACCGGUCCUGUGAAGUUCCUCACAAUGGCCGGAGCCGUGAGCAGUAAGAAGCAGAGAAGCACAUCGAUAAGCAGUGCUUCAUCCCAGCCGGAAGCUAAAGAUGGAGAACAGAGAAACGAUUGCCCCGAGGGAUUGUCCUCUUCCUUGGCGAUCAUUAAAGACAAAGGGGUUUGGCUGGGAGGCUCGACCAGGUCCAUUGCUCAACAAAGCAACCUGUCGUCUUCUUCAGGGUCUCUGGCACUGUCUCACGUGUCGCUCGAACACGGGCCGGAGGAUGCUACUAUUUAUGAGCUCCUGAAUGACCCAAGCUUUUCACACAGAGGCAAAAGAUCCAAAAAGAUGACAGUUAGUUCUGUGCUCGUGGUUUCUGGGGGGUUAGGCCACAGAAGAGUGAAUAAGAAAUCAAAGCAACAGCGGCAGGAUGAGACUGUGUCAACAAUCAUGGUUUGGCAAAUUCCAUUGCUUAAUAUAUAAAACAUAUUCUGCUUUCAUGAAAGAAAGGGAUGAGUUUGCUUACGUUGAAAUAUCACUGUGACCUAGUCAUACAGUCAAGAUCUUUAUGUGUAAUACCUUCAUGUUACCCCAUUGCGUCACAUUAUCUUUUUUAAUAGGAUCUAUCUUUAGCCAGUAACUCUUGUUGACAUCUGGGGGCGUGCUAUUAUUCAUACUUUUUAAACCUGUUCGGUUGAUGUACAAAUGCAGUAUGCACAGAAGGAUCACAAAUCACAGUUUAAAAAUGCUGCCUCUACAUUUUAAUAUAAGAAAAAAAUUUAAAAAAAAUAAAAAACACAGGACAAUGUGUAACAGGGCUUGAAUAAUGUUAUGCGUGAGUAUACGACAACAUUGCCAACUCAAAUACUCAUACCUAUUUAGUAUUUUCUAAUAACGUUACUGUACCUCUGUGACAGGCUGGCUGGGCAGUGACGUCAGACAGAAGCAGGAACUGAAAACACUGACACCAGGCACUGCAGUUUCAAAAUAAUAUUAAGACGCGGCAGCGCCGUUUAUUUAAAUACAAAAAUAAAUCAGAUAUUUUUAACACAAAAACACUUGCUCACAGAGCAAAAUAAAAAUGUUAAACAAAAAUAAUCACAAACACAAAAUAAACUGGUCAGGCUGGGUAAUCACCUUCACUGAACCUACGGUAAGUUUUAGCUCUUUGAUUCUCCACUCACUCUCUCGUUCCUCCUCUGAAUUCCCACCUUGAGUGCAGUGAGCUGCAGGCUUUUAUGCAGGUGACCAUCUCCCGAUUUAGCAACAUAUUAAUCACUUAAUUAAUUUGGGAGUUGGCCACCUUCUGCACGAAGUUAUUAAUUAUUCCUGGCAGAGGACAUGCACUAAUCUCGCCUCUGCCAGAACACGUUUUUAAAAAAACAAAACAAAACCGCACGGCGCCUCGCCGUCAUAAAUAAUAAAUACAUAAACAAAUACAAAAUAACACGGGCGGAGGGGGAAACCCCGUUCUAAAAUAAAGAAAUAUAUUUAAACAGCAGGGCUUACUACCGCCCUGCUGCAAGCUCUUUAAAAUGGUACUUCAUUUACUUUGUGCUUGGGUAUGAUACUGCUUUUCUCAGCUGGAAGCUAAGGGCCCGACUCACUAACCAAUAGUUGUGCAAUAUGUGUUUUGGGAGGAACUGUAAUUUUCAAGUCUGUAAUACUAAGAUUCUUGGUAGAAAAAUGGGAUUUGAUAGCUUUGCAUUGAAUAUUUGGUCAUUAUAAGGAAUUAAUUAAAGAAUACUAUGCUUUUUCACUUUCCAGAUAAUGUUUUCUACAAAGAUAGACUAACUUUUGAUAUACUUUUUAUAACCUUUUAUAUUAUUAUUAUUAUUAUUAUUAUUAUUAUUAUUAUUAUUAUUAUUAUUAGAAAACUCACUUUAGGAAUUAAACCAAUGAUGGCUGUGCUACUGUUGGCUUAAAGGCUUUUUUUUUAGUACCAUAUACUGUAAGGGUACAAUGAACUAAACAAGAUAAAGGAAUAUAGUUUACCACCUCAGUGUUUAAAAAGCGUCGGACAUCUUUAUAUAUAAAUACAUACAUACAUACAUACAUACACACACAUGUAUUUGAUAUGGAGUAUUGUCGGGGGGGGGACGACUAUAUUCCUAUAUCUAUAUUCCUGCAUCUUGGCCUUUUAUAUUACAUAUACUGGUUGUUUCAGAUAUAAAUGUAGUAUGUAAUAUAAUUACUUUGCAUGUAAAUCUGUUCAUAAAGAUUAAUAUCAAAACAAAAAAAUAAA